GUCGGCGCCCGCGUGCAAUCAUUGCUGCGCCAUCUGCUGUCGACUGUGCAUGCGCUGGCUCCCGCAGAGGGUCUAUAACAGAGACGGCGAGCGAUCGCUACGGGCCGCGGCAGACCCCUGACUGGUGCCGAAAUGGCGGAGGGUUCGAGCACCUCCGCUAGCGACGCUGGCAGCACCCACGCUGCGACGGCCUCAGAGCCCGCCAGUCCCCAGCAGCCCCAGCCCCAGCCUGCGCUGCCCGCCCCGUCGUCGCCCUCGUCGGUCGUCCGCCGCAAGAUGGCCUCGCACGCGCCCGCUGCCGCGAAGAAGGAUCCCGUGCCGCCGCGUCGCCCCGCUGCCAGCUCCACCGCGACGGGCGCCCGCCGCGCUCCCGCGCCCGCCAGCACGACGUCCCGCCCGUCCAGCACCGCUGCGCGCCCGCUCGCGAGCUCGACCGCGCGCCUCGCCGGCGCCGCCUCGACCCUGAACAAGCCGCCGACGCGCGCACCCGCCGGCACGACCGCGCGCCGCACCGCCCUGAACGCGGCGGCCACGACGCCCACGGCCGCCACGCCGCCUGCAAAGCGCCCGGCGGCGACGUCGCGUCCCAGCAGCGAGCACACGCCGGUGCGGGCGCCCCGCGUGUCGCUGCCCGCGGCCGCGAAGCCUGCUGCGUCGCGCACCCCGCACCACACGAUCCCCAAGGCGCCUGUGUCGACUAUCACGCCCCGCACGCCCGUCGCCCACGCGAAGAAGCUGUCGCUCAGCGCUGCGUCGUCGCCCACCAAGGCCACGGCUGAAAUCCCCGCAUACAGCCCGAUUGACGUUCCCCCGAGGAGCUAUGGCCCUCUCAAGGACAAAGCGGCGUCGGACGCCGAAGUCGAAGUCAAGAAGACGGUGCCGUUUGGGCCGCUCAAGGAGAGCCUGCCGCGCGUCGGCGAGGACGACAGACGGCCCGGCACUGCCCCCGGCGGCCCUGCGCCGCUCGACGAGAACAGCCGCCGCAGCCUGGCGGUCAUGCAGGAUUUCUUCAAGGAGACGAGUCUGCGCGAGAAGCUGCAGCAGCAGCGCGACGACCUGAACCGCGAAGUCGACCGCCUGCAGGCGACCAACGCGAAGCUGAAGAAGCAGCUCGGCGACGCCCAGAGCGCCAUUGCCGACCAGGACAAGCCCGGCGCUGCGGCCGACGCGUCGGGCUGGGACGAGCACAAGCACAAUACGAUUGUUGAUGGCAUGGAGAAGCAGUUCGCGCGGGAGACGCAGCUGCUGGAGGAGCAGAAGCAGAGGCUGCGCGAGGAGAAGCGCGUGGCCCAGGAGAAGGAGGCCGCCGAGGCUGCGAAAGCGGCGGAGCUGCAGCAGGUCCUCGACGACCUCAAUGUCGAGCUGGAGCGCCAGGGCCGCGAGUGGGACGCCGAGAAGCUGCAGCUGGUCGAGCAGGGCGCCAAGAUCGAGGCCCUUGCCAAAGAGAUGACGGCACUGCGGGAGGAGCGCGAUACCCUCACGGCCGACCUGGCUGCCGCCAACGACACGCUCGACGGUCUGCAGACCAAGUUGGCGGAUCUGGAACAGGGCCAUUCGGAUGACGUGCGCGACCGCGAUGAGAAGAUCGACUCGCUGUCCAAGACGGUGGAGAGUCUGCGGUCCGAAGUCACAGCUACCGAACAGCGCCUCAACGACGCAUCGGGGGAGGCCAAGUCCAAGACGUCAGAGUCGACAAAGCUCGUCGAGGAGCUGCAGGCCAAGGUGACGUCGAUGCAGCAACAGCACACAGACGAGCUGCGCGGCAAGGACGAGGCGAUCGCGGCGCACAUCCAGACCGAGAAGGAGCUGCAGGACGACCUCGAAAAGCUGCAGCAGCGGGCCGACCACGUCACCGCCGAUCUCGAGAGCGAACGCACCGCGCGCGCCGACGACCUCAAGUCGAAGAUUGCGGAGCUGCAAGAGAGCAGCCGGAGCGAGCUGAGCGCCAAGGAGGCCGCCGUCUCCAGCCACCUCAAGUCCAUCGAGGACCUGCAGAACCAGAUCGCCGCGCUGGAACAGGGUGAAACCGACGGCGCCCGCGUCUCGCAGGAGCUGUCCAAGCAGAUUGACGACCUCAAGACCGCACACGAGGACGCGAUCCGGCUCAAGACGGAGCAGAACGACGAGCUCGUCCAGCGCCUGGAAGCCGUCAACGACCAACUCACCUCCGACAGCACCGAGAUCACCCAUCUGCGGGCGGAGGCUGAUAGCCUACGCGCCACCGUCGACGCGCUCGAACAGACUUCCAAGCAGGACACCGCCGCCCUCGCCACCAUACAGGAGCAAUUGAGUGAAGCAAAGAAGAAAGCCGACGCCGCCAAAUCCGACCUCGACGCCGCCCUGACCCGCCACCGCCAGGACCUGCGCGUCCUCGGCGAAGACCACGACGCCGAGAUCGACUCGCUGCGCGCCGAUCUCGAGGGCGACGCGAAGAAGCGCCUGCACGAGCUGCAGGCGAAAUACGACGCGCUGGUCGCCGAGAAGAACGCCGCGCUCGAGGGGCACGAACAGAGUCUCAAGGACCGCGCGCAGGAGCUGCAGGAUAAGGAGAAGCGGAUCCAGGGCUUUCAGGAGGAGAUUGGCGGCUCCGGGUCGACGCAGCUCGGCCGCGACGAGGCGCUCGCCAAGCACAAGCUGGUGCUGGACGAGAAGGAGAGGUUGGCCGAGGCGCAUUAUACCGCGCAGAAACAGAUUGCCGAGCUCGAAGGGAGGGUUGAGGCGCUGACUGCAGAGAAUAAAGAGAUUGCCGAGUUGAAGACGCGGGAGGUGGAGGCCGCGGAGGAGAAGUGGGGAGAGGCGGAGGAGAAGCUGGGGGAGGCGGAGGGGAGGCGCGAGCACCUGCGAGCUCAGCUUAAGGAGUCUGAGGAGAUAAGGGAAGAGGUGGAGAAGGCAAGAGAUGCUCUCAAAGAUGAGCUUGAUGCCGCGACACAAGAGACUCGGAUCGCGCAGUCAGCGCUCGCGGACUCUGAAAAGUCGCUCGCGAAUCUCAAAACCGAGCUCGAUGCCGCGACACAACAAAAACAGUCCCUGGCAGACAAAUGUACCACGCACGAACACGCCCUCGAGAAGGCAGGUGACGAGCUGCAGAUCUCACAACAGGGCAAGCAGGAUCUCGAGGCCAAGCUUGAGGCGCUGGAAAAGACGGUCUCGGACCUCGAAACUCAACAUGCUGCGCUCAAGGAAGACAAGUCGAAGAUGGAGGAGGAGCAUGCUCGUGCUGUGGAGGCGCUGAAGCAGGAUUCGGAGGGUGCGUCGAAGGAGGUGGUUGCUGAGCUGCAGGCCAAGUAUGAUGACCUCCAGGCUCAGCAUGCUAAGCUUGAGGCGGAUAAGGAGAGAAUGCAGGAGGAGCAUGCUCGCACGCUCGAGACGUUGAAACAGGACUCUGAGAGCGCUUCGACGCUGGCGCUCACCGACCUGCAGUCCAAGUACGACAGCCUGCUGGAAGAGAAGAGGCACGUUGAAACUUCACACACCAGCGAGCUUGGAGAUAUCCAAGCAAAACACGACACUCUUGUCAAGCAGCUCGCAGACGCUGAGGCCAAGCUCGAAGAAAGCACCAAAACCCAGGAGACUGCGGCCAAAGCCCAGGCCGAAGCGCUCGAGAAGGCACUGGACUCGCAGCGGCAGGAUAUCGAACAAAAGUACGUGGCGCUAAUCGAAGAACUCCAAGGCGAUCGCGCCAAGCUGGAGCAACAGGACACAACGCUCGCCGAGAAACAGUCCGCACUUGACGAGCUGGAGGCCCUUAACAAGGACUUGCACGUCAAACUUGACGACCUCGAACACGAGCUGGCUGAGAAGGAGGAGCUGGACUCGGCAGGCCUGGCGGAGGUCACCACCGAGAAGUACGACGCUCUUCUCGCAGACAAGACUGCUGCAGAGGAGGCACACGAGAGCACACUGUCCAGCGUCAAGCAGUCGCUCGAGGGCGAGCUCGAGCGCGCUGUUGCGGGACUCCAGGCGCAGAACCGUGCGCUGCAAGACAAGCUCUCCGAGAUGGACGAGGAGCAUCAUCAGACGCUAGUGCAGCUGGAGAAGGAGCUCGAUUCUAAAUACUCGUCUAGUGCGGAUACGCUGCGGCAGCAGCUGGAGCGGGCAAGGAAGGAGCAUGCAGAUGCUACAGAGCAGAUGGCUAAGGAGCACGAGGACGCCACGGAGCAGAUGGUCAAGGAGCACGAGGACGCCAUCUCCGAACUCAUGAUCGGCAUGCAGAACAGCACUGCCGACGCCGUGCAGCAACUACAGCGCAAGCACGACGCCCUGCAAGCGCAGCUGGAGGACGCCCACGCCCGCCACGACCGCGAAAUGUCGACCGUCGAACGCGACAGCGCCGAGCAACACACCCUGCACACCGCCCUCCAAUCCCGCCUCGACAAAGCCACCGCCGACCUCGACACCGCCGCCUCCGACCUGCACCGCCUCCAAGACACCAUCCACACCCUCGAGCGCGACCGCGACGCCGCCUACACCGCCGCCGUCGAGGCCGAGGACCGCGUCGAGUCCUUCAAGGGCGAGGUGGUUCGGAAACACCUCGCCCGCGUCGAGCCCUUGCAGAAGCAAAACGCCGCGCUGCUUGCGAAAAUCGACCGUCUGCAGGAUAUGCUCGCGGCUGGGGAUCGGAUCGCGCGCGCCGCUGCUAGUUUGGGCGAGAAGCGCGAGAUGCCCCCGCUGGCGGAGGAGGACGAGUCGGGCGCGGAUAGCUCGGCGUCUGCGGGCGAGGGCGAGCGCGAGGGUGCGCCGCCGCCGCCGUACCGCGUCGGUGCGGAGAAGGAUGUGCUUGGUACUCAGUUGGCCGCCAUGCAGCAGACGCUCGCGCAGCUCGAUGCGCUCAACGCCGAGGCGCUGGGCGAGAGCGAGCGCACCGCUGACCGCCUUACGCAGCGCGACUAGCAGUUUUUGCUGUGGUGGGAGAUGAUGGUCUGGGGGAAGGAGGUUGGGG